AGCCAAACCUCGGCGAGUUGGGCGCGCACCAGGCCCCAGGCCGUGUCAGACACGUUCCGUCCCGGCCUCCUCGAAGCACGCAGCAGCGCGCAGCAGCCAUGGUCGCACCCGUUGGACCCGUGUCAGAACCACAGGCGGCCACCAAGCUCAAGACCGUCACCAUAGAUGAGGCCAUCCAAGCCACCGGCGUGGGGCUGUACCACUGGCUGCUGGUGGUGGCCACGGGCAUGUGCUCGGCCAGCGCCGUCGGCGAGAUCGUCUCCAUGUCGUACGUGCUGUCGCCGGCCGCGUGGAUGGCGUGCGACCUCAGCAUGAACCUCUCCGACAAGGUCCUGCUCAGCUCCAUCGUGUUCAUAGGCAUGCUGAUGGGCACCCACUUGUGGGGCGUGACCGCCGACUCGUGGGGGCGGCUGCCGCUGCUCAGGUUGACCCUGCUGCUCGACGCCGUGGUCGGGGUCAUCUCGUCCCUGCUGCCCGACAAGCGCCUCUUCAUCGCGGCCAGGUUCUUCAACGGCUUCCUCGUGGCGGGCCCCACCUCCACGGCCAUGGCGUACCUGGGCGAGUUCCACACGGAGAAGACGCGCGCCAAGGCCAUGAUCAUCCUGGGGCUGUUCCCGGGCGGCUGGACGCUGUUCGUGGCCAUGCUCGCCUACCUGGUGCUGCCGCUAGACAUCGCCUGGGAGCUGCCCUCGUUCUACGGGGAAGGCGCCCUCUACCGGCCGUGGCGGCUGUACAUCCUGCUCAACUCCAUGCCCGCCCUGCUGACCGGGCUGUCCUUCCUGCUGUUCCCCGAGUCGCCGCGGUUCCUGGUGGCCACCGGCCGGCCCCAGAAGGCCCUGGACGCGCUGCGCACCGUGCACGCCUUCAACAAGGGCCGCAAGAAAGAGUUCCCCGUCGGCGCCCUGGUGGCGUCCCUGGACGGGCCACAGAGCGGCGGCAAGCUCAUGGCCAUGUGGAACCAGACGGCCCCGCUCUUCGGCCGCGAGCACCUCAAGAACACGGCGCUCGUGUGCGCCGUGCUGUUCGCCCUCGUCAGCAGCGCCAACGGCCUGCUCGUGUGGAUGCCGGAGAUCUUCAACCGGAUGGCGCUGUUCCUGGUCGAGCAGCCCGACGUGGAGGUGACGGCGUGCCAGGCCAUCGACUACAUGCAGGAGCUGCGGAGCAACAUCACCGCGGCCGUGUCGGAGGCGGGCCAGGAGUCGUUGCCGCUGCAGUGCGGUGGUGAGCUGCCGGCCUCCAUGUUCUUCAACACGGGGGUCAUCGGCGUGUCCAACGUGGCCCUCGGCUUCCUCAGCUCGUUCUUCGUCAACUGGAUGGGCAAGAGGAACAUGUUGGCGGGGAUCCUGGUGCUGUCGGGGGUGUGCGCCUUGCUGCUGACGGUGGUGCCCUCGUCCCUGGCCAUGCUGGUGCUGGCCUGCGGCACCAUCUCGCUCUCCAGCACCGGCGUCAGCAUCAUCGUGGCCCUGGCCUGCGAGAACUACCCCACCACUCUGAGGGCCACGGCGGUGAGCCUCAGCAUGCUGGCGGGCCGGUGCGGCUCCAUGUCGGGGAGCUUGCUGUUCGGCGCGCUGCUGGACACGCAGUGCAACUCGGCCUUCUGGGGGUUCGGGGCGCUCCUGGCGGUGUGUGGCGUGCUCAGCUUCCUUCUGCCACGAAGAGGGAAGUACGCAACUUGAAUCGGCGAGCCCCAUCAUCACACUGUUUUAAGCCCCCUUGUAAAUAAUAAAGAAAAAAUAAAAAAAUUGUAAAAUAGGA